AUGGAGGAUAUUCGCAGCCAACCGUCUCCCGAGCCCGAGACGAAUGGUCGGGGGAGCCAGGAUGGGGCGGACGCGGAGUAUGCAAGGCCUAGGAAGAGGACGCGGGUCGCAUGCGAACAAGUGCAUCGACGUUGUCAAGGCAAGUCUCUGCCUGUGGCACUAGCCAAGAGAGUAAAACCCGAGGCAUCUUCGGCUAACCCCUGUCCAUCACAGAUUACGGGUUACGCUUGUAACUAUGACCGCCAAAUCAAGAAACGCGGUCGCGCCCCCCGCAACGAAACAGCACCCAGGAGUCUUUCCAACUGCGAAUCGUCCACUAAUGAGACCUCGUACCCGGAUCAGCAUCCAGCGAGCUCGCCUGCCGCCGAAUCGGAGCCUCCGUCAGGCGCCUUCGAUCAGCGGCGACAGGUGGCCGAGCCGCAGCAGAAUCUUGCCGUUCCAGAGACACACGCUCAUGUUGGGGUGGACACGGCCAAUGGGGGCUACUUGCCUCAACAAGCCAUCUCCCCGCCAUAUGCCAUGUAUGCCAACGAAGGCUACGCGGCUGGUAUGAGACACACAAAUCAUCCGAGGCUGGGUGACGCUGUUGUGUCGGAGCCCAGCGAUGGUCACCCGUCCCCUGCAAACCUCAAUCCAUUGCACGAUCCACACGCCUCGACAAAGCCGCAUCCGCAACAGCAGCGCGCAAGAGCAUCAUUCAGCACAAUCGUCAGGCCGCACGGAUUCGGACCCUUCAGCCCGAUACCGUCGGAUGGCUCUCAGGGCGGCGGUCAGCAAAGAGGCUCACAGUAUGGUGUCUCGGCUGCCGACUGUCGCUACCGCUGUCUCGACCCUCUUCUCCCCUAUCUUGGCGAUGUCUUGCCUGCGUCUGUGGCUUGUGAUCUCUUUGAUGUCUAUCUCGUGGAUCCCGGAAGCUCGUUAUUUCGCUGCGCCUCGCCAUACAUCUUGACACGAAUAUUCCGGAAGAAAUCGCUGCUUCAUCCAACAAAUCCGCGACCCAUGUCGCCGGCGCUUCUGGCCACAAUUCUUUGGUGCUGCGCUCAGACUGCCGACAUAUCUCUGCUUCUUGUUCCGGGAUCGAGAUCACGAGUCACAAACGCGCUAUACGAACUCGCCACAUUUCUCAUUACUGACCGAGACCCUGACAGAUGGCGAAGAAUACACGGGGGACUGCGCAUAGAGAAUGAACAGGUACCCGAGCAGUACCCCUACAACUCCAAUCUCCCAAGCACCACGGAGAGCAAUGAGCCGGCCGGUGCCAUUGAUGAUGUGCUCACAUUCAUCCUCCUCUGCAUUGGGGUGUCCGGAGGCGACUUCAAGUCGGACUGUCUCAAAUGGUGGAGCAAAGCAGCCAGGCUUGCGCUGUCACUGCGUUUGAACCGACUGGAUGAGGACUCAUCACUGUCCGGACUGUCCUCUCCCCCACGAAAGCACAAAGGUCAGCUGCUUCUGGCUACAGUUGAGGCUGAGGAAGAGAAGAGACGAGUCUUUUGGUUGCUUUAUUCGCUCGACCGACAUCUUGCGCUGUCGUUCAAUCGAGUCCUCCAAAUUCCGGAUUCGAGUUGUGAAGUUUAUGCCAGGACGAUAGGCCCCCUGAGCACGAUAUCUGGUUCCAGUUUCUUUGAAUACUUCCUCCCGCUGAUGGUCAUCCUCGGCGACAUCAUCGAAGUCCACCAUAGCAAGCACCAUCCUCGCCUUGGGAGCCUGGACAACAGUAUCGCCGUCUCUGUCAUUGGCAACAUGAUAUGCGAGUGCGAGGAGAGUCUUGCCAGGCUUGCGCACGAGGCUGAUGUGCGACACUCAGCAUACGGAAAUCCUGACACACCGAUGCUCAUCAGCAAUCUGGUGACCGGCCUGCCAGACAACAGUCAUCAAGCACCACCACCACCAAGUCGGAGUCACGAUACGCAUGACGAUCGAUCUGAUGUGCGUCUUGUGGUCGCAUACAGUACGCAUAUUCUCCAUGUCAUGCACGUCUUGUUGCACGGCAAGUGGGACGCCAUUAGCAUGCUGGACAAUGAGGAUGACUGGAUCACGACGUCGCGCUUUGCCGAGUGCGCAUCGCAUGCCAUUGCCGCUUCCGAGGCCGUGUCCGAUAUUCUCAAGUUUGAUCCAGAACUGACUUUUAUGCCGUACCUCUUCGGUAUAUAUCUACUGCACGGUAGCUUCAUCCUGUUGCUAUUUGCCGACCGGAUGCCUCAGCUCGGACCCAAUCAGAGCGUCGAGCAGGCAUGCGAGACCAUCAUCAGAGCCCACGAGGUCUGCGUUGUGACCUUGAGCACAGAGUUUCAGCGGAAUUUUCGACGAGUCGUACGAUCCACGCUGUAUAGUGUACGAGGCUCCAGUCCCAAAGGCUGGGAGGAGCACAAGCUGGCGCGGAGGAGAGUACUCUCACUGUACAGAUGGACCAAAGGAGCCAAGGGACUGGGAAUCUGA